GUUGUGAAGUGAGGCGAUCUUCUCAACCAAAUUUCCCCCUCGUCUUCUCCGCCCCUUUUUCUCUACUUCAUCACUCUCUCUCCCUCCCCUUUCCUACGCCGCCACCGCUAACAUACGCCGCAAUCGCAAAAUGGCCUCCCUCUCCUUCUCCUCCUCCGUCUCCUCCUCCACCCCCUUCCUCCGCCCCUCCGCCCUCCUCCUCCGCCCCCGCCCCUCCCCCCUCGUCCAAGCCAAGAUCCGCGAGAUCUUCAUGCCCGCCCUCAGCUCCACCAUGACCGAGGGCAAAAUCGUCUCCUGGGUCAAAUCCGAGGGCGACCUCCUCUCCAAGGGCGAAUCCGUCGUCGUCGUCGAGUCCGACAAGGCCGACAUGGACGUCGAGACCUUCUACGACGGCAUACUCGCCGCAAUCGUCGUCGCCGAGGGCGAGUCCGCCCCCGUCGGCGCCGCGAUCGGCAUUCUAGCCGAGACCGAGGCUGAAAUUGAAGAAGCCAAAGCAAAAGCCGCCGCGAAAUCGCCAUCCUCGCCUCCUCCGCCGCCUCCUGCUGCUCCGGUAGCUGAAUCUCCGGCUGCUGCUGAUUCGGCGCCGGGGAAGGUGGUGGCGACUCCGUUUGCGAAGAAAUUGGCCAAGCAGCAUAAGGUGGAUGUUGGUAAAUUGGCGGGGACGGGGCCGUACGGUAGGGUUACGCCGGAGGAUGUGGAGAAAGCUGCUGGAAUCGCUCCUGCGCCGAAGGCGAUUGUGGCAGCUCCGGCGAAAGCUGCGGUGAGUUACCCUGAGAUUCCAGGGGCGAAAAUUGUGCCGUUUACCACAAUGCAGGCGGCGGUAUCGAGGAAUAUGAUCGAGAGCCUCUCGGUGCCGACUUUCAGAGUUGGUUAUCCGGUUGCAACGGAUGCGCUUGAUGCUCUGUAUAAGAAGGUGAAGGCGAAGGGUGUUACGAUGACAGCCUUGCUAGCAAAGGCUGCAGCAAUGGCACUGGUUCAGCAUCCGGUGGUGAACUCAUCGUGUAAAGAUGGGAAAAGUUUUACAUACAACAGCAGCGUAAACAUCGCUGUGGCUGUAGCAAUGGAUGAUGGGUUGAUCACGCCCGUGCUUCAAGAUGCUGAUAAGUUGGAUUUGUAUCUCUUGUCGAAGAAGUGGAAGGAGCUAGUUGAAAAGGCACGAGCGAAGCAACUUCAGCCCCAAGAAUACAACUCAGGGACUUUCACAUUAUCUAAUCUGGGCAUGUUUGGAGUCGAUAGAUUCGAUGCUAUACUUCCUCCAGGACAGGGAGCUAUAAUGGCCGUGGGAGCAUCAAAGCCUACCGUUGUAGCUGACAAAGAAGGAUUCUUCACCGUUAAAAACCAGAUGCUGGUGAAUGUUACAGCUGACCACCGAGUCAUCUAUGGUGCCGACUUGGCUGCAUUCCUUCAAACAUUCAUGAAAAUCAUCCAGAACCCAGAAAGCUUGACAAUGUAGACGGCUAACAUCAAAUAAGAUGCAGCAGGCAGUCGAAGAGUCUAGUAUUUGAUUCUUUUCCUCUGAUAUUAUAGUUUUGCAAUAUGAAAUAAUGGAAUGCAUUUUUGAAUUGUCUAUGUGAGCAGGAUGAUCAUCAUUUUUCCACA